UACAAGAGCAUCUCUCAAGAUGUAAGUGUCGCCAUCUAUAUGCGAAUUUAAUUAAAAUAUAGUAUUUGUUUAUGUGUCAGCUGUUGACAAACACGAGACAAAUGUGUUAGACCGGAAUUUGGACUUUCGUUUUUGAUUUAUGCGGCUUAACUACUUAUCAUUUGAGAUUUGAUAAAUUGGUUAAAUUCCAUUAUUGCACAUGAAUUGCAGUAAAGCAUUGGAGGCCAAGAUAGAUCAAAUAGUUACAUCAUUUUUAGGACCAAAUAAGAGGUCAAAAUUUGUUGUCAGCGAUGAUGAUACAAUACUUGUGAAUUGCCCCUUAAAGUUAUUGGAAAAUAUUAAUUUAGAGCAACCAACAAGCCAUAUUUUAUAUGAAUCUUUGUUAGCUUUUCAUAAUGAAUAUGGAUGUGGAGUAAACUCAUUCUUAUUAAUGUGGAGUGGUUGGUUUCGCUCUAUAAAGAAAUUGUUAGAGAGAGAACCAACUUAUGUAAACAUCUUUGAAGAAUUAAUAGCAGGAUUGGAAUAUGUCAUUAAUUUCAUAAAAAGUCAAGAAAUUUCCUUGUCAAAUGUAGUUCCUUUAGUUUAUAAACAUAUAAGAGAGAUAACUUUAACAGAUCAAUUAAAAGAUAGAAGUUCAAAUUUUUUAAGUGGCAUAUCUAUGAAAACUUUAUUUAAAACUGAAACCACAAAGAGCAUUAACAUAAUGAAACAAAGUCGUCAUUUAUGUCAAUUAUUAAAUGCAGAACUGUCUGAGGAAAAUCAUCAAUUAGAAGAGAGGGCAUUUAAAAAUUCAAAAAGGUUAAAUGACAACAUUAUAAAUGAACUGAGAUUUUUAUUAGAAAAAUUAUCUCAUGGUUGUGAUGCUCUUAUUCCAUUAAUUAUUGAUGUAUGGAAAAAACAGAUUCAAGAAUUUUUUUCUGUAAGAUUUAAAAAAGAAUUUAUCAUGACAUAUACCAUUCCUGGUCAGAGUUUUAGUUACAGUUUUGUUGUUGAUGGAAUUGUAGUCAAAUGUCAAGAAAAUUAUAGAACUCUUCUCAGUGAAAAUAAAUCUUACAAUGCAUUACUUGUUGGUGGUGAUGUUAUUCCAAAUUAUGUUCAUCUUGGUUUCACACCUAAAGUUAGUAUUGAAAAUAUUACAAAUGAAAUUCCUGUUACAAAUGAUUCAUGGUUAGAAAGAGUCAUAGACACCAUUAAAAAGCUGAGAGUGAGUUUAUUGCUUGUGCAAGGAAGAGUUAAUGAAGAUCUAAUUUAUUCUUUAAAAAAUUCAGUUAUUGUCGUUAAACAUGUUCCUUAUUCAACUUUAAAACUUCUCUCUGACUGUACUAAAGCAAACAUUGUGUCAUAUUUGGACAAUAGCAGAGAUAUAAAUACUUGUUCAGUUACAAUGGAAGAACUUCACACAAAUAAAGAUGUUAAAAAUGGAUGUAAGCAUAUUGUUAUUAAAGUUGCAAAUAAUUUCAUUCAGACUGUAGUCAUCUACCAUGAAUUAUUACAAGCAGCUAGUCAGUUGGAACAUCAAUUUUGGCAUUUGGCUAAUCGUCUUUCUCAUGUCUGCAAUGCUGAAAAAAUUCUUAGAGGAAAUGGCCAAAUUGAAAAGAUCUGUAUGGAAAAAUUAUACCAAUAUGCUGAAAAUCAUUGUGUGAUAUUACGACUUCAGUAUAUGUGGCGGACAGAUGUAAAGUCAAAUGAAAUGACUUAAACUUGAUUUUUAUUUUUCCAUAUACUUUUUUGACAAACAACGUAUAAUCGAGAAUGACGUAAGUUGAGGUAUACCUGUACAUUCCAACAGUUAAUACAUAGACAAUAUGUUCAUUUCUUCCUUUCCCAAAUAUUUAGAAUUAUGAAAUUAAACUGCAUUUUCCUAGAACUUGAAUGAUGCCCACAGGAAAAAGUCACAUGGGGUUAGGACCUUCAACGAGUGCAAUCACAUCACUAACUGUCUGUGCAGACACUGGUUUUACCCUCUACCAGGCCGAAUGGUAAGGAUCAAAUUUCUUUAUCAAGUCUUUCAAUACAUUAAUUGAUAGAGGACCUCUAUGCAGGUUGUUACGGGUUCUAAACUCAUGAAGAGUGCCCGGUAUGCUCGAUUGGUUAAGAUGAUAAAGUUUCACAAGCAACUCAUGCUGAGGUAACAAAAGUUGCAUGUUGAACUCUGCUGAAGUCUGGAAUGUGCUUCAAACUUUUGUCCUUGUCUUUUAAGCUCAAAUUAGGUGGCACUGCUGUUGACCACGUCAUUGUGAAUUUGGAUUUUGAGGUGUUACCAGCAUGUUAUGCAAAUUUUUAGUUGUUUCACUACAGCAGUGCCAAAUCCAUCCAUACUGGCGAAUUUAGGUACUACUUUUUUUCUUUGUGGAAUCUCUUUCCCGUGUUGUCCUUAGUCACUCUCCCAAAUUUGGCGACAGUCCGGCUGUUAGACUGCUCUACAGAUGUCUCUGAGUACCAUCAGUUUAAAAAAAACACCCUGUAUAUAUAUUAUUUAAAGAAUAAUAUAGUUUUAGUAUUAUACUCACGCCAAGUAAUAGUAGUAAUAAAAUAAAUUUUUAUUGUGUACGUACACAGUGAAAAUCUAUUUUACUAUUAAAAGAAUAAUGUUUAAAUUUCACAUAUUAUAUGAAAAAAAUUUUAUAAUUUUUUCCAACAUUUAAUAAAGAGUGAAGUAUGUGAUUUUAUCUUUCUCUGAAUUCACUUCCUUUCAAAGGCAAUGCAUCUUCUGAAUGUGUCACCAGGAACCAGAAUUCAUCUAUUGGAUAUAGACUGUAAUAUUACCAAGACCUCAAAAUAAAAGAAAGGGAUUGAUGACAACAGACAGUGUGUUCAUUGAUCAUCCCGAAUCGGUUGGAGUCAAGGUUCGCUAUCUAGUCGGUUAUCAGCCUCAACCUUCUCAGUUCUCCUGCCGUUCCACUAUUUUGGAUAUUGGAUGAUUUAAUCUUGAAGACAUCCACGUAUCUGGAAAGCUAUCCCUCGUCCAGGGACAUCUUACCAACAUUUGUACCUCUACCUAAUCUUCGGAACUUCUCCAGCGCCACACAUCACCCAUCCACAAUCACCACCUGUCACACCUCUGGAAGUCCCCAGAAAGGGUUCAUCUCUAAAAAUUCUAAUGUAUUUA